UAAUAUCUGUUUUUGAUGUUUGUAAAUCACACAUGGUCGGAGGCCGGAUAACCUCACUUCCAUGCUCAUCAAGUCUAUUCUAAAUAAACUGAGAAUUUCAUGCCGAAAGAUGAGUGUUUUUACGCAGAGUUUUGAUCCUAUUACCGGAUGUGCAAUAUGGGAGGAAAAGGACCCAGAUUACGAUUAUCAUCAAGAAGUUGCAAGAUCAGCGUUUGCUGAUAUGCUCCAUGAUCAUGAGAGAAAUCAGAAGUACUACGACGCCCUGAAAAUCGCGAUAGAAACGAAGCAUAAACAAGGUCAACAGGCCCAUGUCCUGGAUAUAGGAACAGGCACAGGCCUCCUCUCCAUGAUGGCAGCACGAUGUGGAGCAGACUCGAUAACCGCUUGCGAGGCGUUCAAACCCAUGGCAAAAUGUGCUCUCGAAAUAAUAAAGCACAACGGUUUCGACGCCCAGAUCACCCUCAUUAAAAAGCGAUCCACCGAGAUGACAGUGGGGGAGACAGGGGACAUGAAGCAUCGAGCCAAUAUCCUGGUGACCGAGGUCUUCGAUACAGAACUCAUCGGAGAAGGUGCUCUACAGACCUUCGCCCACGCCCAGAAGUAUCUCCUGGAGGAAGACAGCAUCGUAGUCCCCACAAGGGGAACCAUCUACGUACAGGUAGUCCAGAGUGAGAUGGUGAAUUCCUGGCACAGAAUAUCCCCAAUAAGACAUCCAAAGACCUUGGAAACCCUCGUAAACCCCCCUAAACCCAUUCAGAAUUGUCCAGGAUCCCUCGCAGUUCACGAUCUCCAACUCUCCCAGGUGCCACGGGACUCGUUCACAUCAUUAUCCCCCGUUUUGCCCCUCUUCCAUUUCGACUGGACCGGAAAGACCCCUCUGAUUUUUACCGAAACAUCUUCAGUGGUUUUCAAAGGGAUAUCUCGAGGAAAAGCCUGUGGAGUCUUCAUGUGGUGGGAUAUUGUCAUGGACAUCAAUGAAGAGAUCAUUUUGAGCUGUGCACCUGUCUGGGAGCAUCCAGAUGCGAUGAUCAGCGGAUCUGAUAGCUCUUCGAUGUCCCGAGCUGCUGACGGUAUCCCCUGGAGGGACCACUGGAUGCAGGCAGUCUAUUACCUCCCCGAGGAAGUGGAAAUUGCUGAGAACGAGGAGUACAAGCUGACGGGAUGUCACGACGAGUACUCCUUCUGGUUCAGAUUGAGUCGAGGAGAUGUUGAAGUACCAAAACCCCCCGCCUGCGAGUGCUUAGUACACAUUGCAUACCCUAGAUCAAGACUAAGACAAUUGAACGACAAAUUGAGGAAUGAAAAGUACCUGAGGGUCUUGGAGAAGUGCAUAACACCUGACACAACAUGUUUGUGCUUUUCUGAUGGCUCUCUGCUAGGUCUAGCUGCUGCCAACCUGGGAGCCAAGGAGGUCAUCAUCCUGGAGCCCAAUCACCUGUCGAGAAGAGCCUUAGAGAGUUUCGUCAAGGAGAAUGAUCUUGAGAGAAAGGUCAGAAUCCUUAAGGGAGUCGAGGAGAUACCGGAGGGAGUAAAGGGUUUAGUCUUUGGAGAACCUUAUUAUGUAAAUUCUAUUUUCCCUUGGGAUAAUCUAAGGUUUUGGUAUCUGGCGUCUCACUUUGCGCCUGGGAUGAAAGUUCUUCCUUGUAUCGCCAGGGUCCGGGGGGUUGCAAUGGAGUUCAAGGAUUUACAUAAGAUUAGGGCUCCGCUUGGAGUCUGCGAGGGAUUCGAUCUUGGAAUUUUUGAUGAAUUAGUAAUGGCAUCCAGUGAAAUUAGUGAUAAUCCUGUUGAAGUUCAUCCACUCUGGGAAUACCCUGGGAGAGCACUGACCUGUCCAUUUGAUCUGGCGUCAUUCGAUUUUAAUGAUAAAUUUGAUGAAAAUCAGGAGCAGAGUUUUAGUGGAAAAAUUCCUAUAACAGAGUGUGGGUCGUGCAAUGGUAUAGCUCUGUGGGUGGACUGGCAUCUGGACUCUGAAACGAUCAUUUCUACGGGUCCAGUGACAGAAAUCAUUCCUAGCGAGAGGAUAUCCUGGGACAUGGACACACGACAGGGAGUCUUUCUCCUUCGAAAAAUUCAAGACGUGACGGCCCAUCAUGUCCUCAACUGGUCCCUCAAGUAUCAACUCAAAAGGGAGAGAAAUUUUCUGCUUAAUUUUAAUGUGGAACUCCAGUAAUUCCAUUAGGUUACAAAUUCAAUUCGUUAUUAUGUUGGAAUGAAUUUCGCUGUCUUUUAUAACCAGAUAAAAAAUGUUGGAACGACAAUCUACAUGAAGUAUGUGAAGGUCAGAUUAUUAAAAUAUUGUUUUUACGAA